UCGAUGACGACGGAGGCUUCGUAUCUGACGCUCAAGCAGGUGAAUGGCGACUCGCACCGCAUUGAGAUCGACGUGGCAUCCGCGACAGUCCUCGACUUGAAGCUGGCUGUGCAAGCCAAGCUCAACUACCCUCCUGAAUCCCAACGGCUCAUCUUCCAAGGCCGCGUCAUGGAAGACACGAAUUCGUUGACAUUCUAUUCCCUCACCUCAGGGCUGACGGUGCACCUCGCGGUGAAUACAAAGCUUGUGCCGUCUACGCCGGUUGCAUCAUUGCCCUCUCAUGUGUCCUCUGCAGCCGUCCAUGCGCCGUCUCCACCAUCUGCCCCCACGACCAACCUCGUUCAGCUGCUGCCACUGUUGCGUGCGCAUCCAGCCGGCCCCGCGGCCAUUGCCACGUUGAAAAAGAUGGCAGAGAAUAUCCUCGCCAACCCCACGGAACAAAAGUACAUGAAGAUCCGCUUGACCAACGAAGCAUUGAAGCGCAAACUCCUGGACGUCCCCUACGGGUUGCAGUGCGUGACGGCCAUGGGGUUUACCGCCGGCGUCGAAGAAGGACACCUGGUGGUCGUGCCCACCGCCGCCAACUGGGAUCUCGUCGUCGCAUCUAAGCGCAUCAUCGAUCAGUUUGACGCUGUCCCGUCCUCGUCCUUUUCAGCGCCAGCCGUUGGCACCAACCACCCUCUCGGUGGCAUGUCGCCGGAAUCCCUCUUGGCUAUGAUGGACAACCCCAUGUUUGCCCAGAUGGUGGCGGCCAACCCCCAGCUGCAACAAAUGGCCCAGAACAACCCCAUGCUCCAACAAGCGCUGCAGAAUCCCGCGCUUCUGCGGCAGUCGUUGCAGGCCAUCCAAAGCGACCCGUACAUGCGACAGCAGAUGCAGCAGAUGAUGGCCAAUCCCCAGCAGAUGAUGACAGCGAGUAGUAAUCCCAUGUUUGGACACAACGCUUCCCUGGGCGGCGCCCCUCCGUCGCCGUUUGCCGCCCCCGUGUCCUUGCACCAACCCCCCACCGCCGCCGCGCCGGCAGCUACUGCUCCAGUCGCUUCCCCAACUGCCCCGACCAACCCUCGAUCCGAAGAAGACGAGAUUGCAGAAGCCAUCGCACGCUCGUUGCGUGAAAUGUAAUCGAAAUAACUCACCAGGAUGAUCAACAGUUAAUGUCCUUGUUUAGUAAGUUUACUACGCCU